UCUUACUCUUCUUCUUCUUCAUCCUUAUAUUUCCUUGGAACUAGCUAAUUAAGGGAAUUCUAAUUUUAAUCCUCAGAGUUUAACUUGGAGAGAGAGUUCUGUAUUUCCUGUUCUUGUUCAAAACUUCAAGGUAUCAUCUUCAAAUGGCUCGUUCAGUACCAGUGCCCGCCUUUUUCCAGGACCUUGUUGGUGAUUUCUCUGAGAAACUGAAAAUGCCAACAGCUUUUGUCAACCACUUCAAUGGAUCAGCACUUUGCAAACUUCGAGGCCCUAGUGGAAAGUGCUGGGAUGUAAUAUUGGAAGAGGAAAAUAAUGAUAUUUUCUUCCAUAAAGGCUGGAAUAAAUUUGUGAAGGAUAAUUUUUUGGAGGAAGGACACAUUUUGGUUUUCAAUUAUGAUGGCAAUUCUUGGUUCAAUGUGACAAUCUAUGAUAAAAGUGCAAGUGAAAUGGACAUGGAAGCAGCCAAGAUAAGGAGAAGUACUGGUGAUCUUGAUGGUCAAGGGAGGGAUUAUGUCAUGCCUGGGGAGACAAGAUUCAGAAUCAUUGAGUUCAAAUCAGAGCAUCUUUGCUUUAAGAGAACUAUGGAGAAGCACAGACUGUAUCAGCUGACCAUUCCUAUAAUAAUAGUCAGGGCUAAGGGGCUCAUAAGCAAGCGGACUAUAGAGCUUCGGGAUCCAAGCAACAGAUCAUGGCCUGUUAAAGUGACUCGCGUGGAAGAUGGUCGUUUACUUAUGAACAGAGGCUGGCGUGCUUGUAGCAAGUGGAACCAGAUUAAGAAAGGGCACACCAUUGUUUUUGAGUUUGUGAAGGGACAUGUGAAGCUACACAUCGUUAGAGCUGAGGGGUGUGAUGUGAUACUCACAGGUCCUAAUGUCGUAGAUUGAAGCUAGUUCCCACUGCAGGUGCAAAACUCUUUUCAAAUGCUGUGAUUAAUGGGAAUGUGAUCAGAACAUUAACUUGUCUAUUUUCAGUAAGGUUAUUUUUCAUUUCCGAGACGCUUCUAUUCCUCUUAUGUAUUAGUGAUUGUUGUUUGGUAUGUUCUGUAAUGGGAUUUGAAUGCAAUUUGAAAAGAGAUAAUUGACUAGUUGCUAUUUGAAUGGUCCCAUAAUGAGGGGAAAGAGACUUACUGUAAUUACAGAUUUACAGUUGCACUGCAUUUCUACACGAAUCUGUGUGUAUGAUCACUGUGUAUUACGUGAUCUCUUGUACGCUUUCGACUACUACUAAUAAAAUUAUCAUCAUUUCUGCGUAAGGAAAAAAACUUGUGAAUGCUAAAAAACCUGAACAUUUGCUGGGUGGAGUAGGGAAAUUUGGGGUUGACAGUAGUACCGUCACAAAACUAUAACCGUGGAAGAUAUCAUACUAAUCAAAGAAUAUGUUACAAUUUACAUUUAAUAUCUACAUUAUCUAUGAAGAUAUGUUUCUGGGUUUCAUGACUUGAGCUCUAAUUUCCCAAAGUGAGAA